AUGGACGAAGAAGAAGAAUCUUGCAGUCUUUACGCAAACGAGAAAGCAAAAUGGCUGAGAAAAGAAAGAGAAAUGAAAAGAAAGAUUGAUAGACUCCAGAACACAGUUGACAGAUAUAAAUCAGAAUUAGAAAAAGUCAAGGAAGACUGCAACUUUGCGGAUAUGUCAUACAUAAGGCAGCAAGCCAAGCAAAAAGACACAUCGGCUGUCUUCCUUUGGAAUCAAAUAAUUAAUUUCAGACGAAAAAAACCAACAUGGUCGGAAGAUGUUGUGCGCCACUGCAUUAUAUUGAGACACCUAUCUACCAAGGCCUAUGAUCAUGCCAGGAAAGAAAGACUGCUCAAGCUGCCGAGCAGGACCACCCUUCAAGAAUUCCUCGGGGGCACGAGUGGUGAAGCAGGCUUUAAUUCACUGAUAAAGCUGCGCUUAAAAGCAGAGAGUGAGAAACUGACAUCGCCUGCUUCAAGACAUUGCUCCCUCAUCAUGGAUGAAAUGCGAAUAAAGCCAAAGCUGCAGUACAACAAGCAGCAAGAUUGUUUUGUUGGCCAUGCUGCCGUAGGCGAAGCGGACGACCCAGCAAAUGAGCCCUUGCUGGCAAAUUCGCUGUUGUGUUUCCUCAUAAAUGGCCUGUCAACAUCUUACAGGAUUACAGUGUCUUAUUUCUUCACGAAGAGCCUCUCUGGUUCUGAGCUGUCGCAGCUGGUGCGAUCAGUUAUUAAGAACGUUGAAGAAUCAGGCGUCAAAGUGGGCAGACUCGUGGCUGACAACGACAAAAUAAACAUGAAUGCCAUGACAGACCUCUGCGGCGGAUUUCUGACUUACAGAAUUGAACACCCGGUUGAUCCCGACAGACUUUUAUUUCUCAGCUUCGACUGCUGCCAUGUCCUGAAAAAUGUAAGAUCUCAAUUUUUGGAAAGAGAAAUUGGCCCGGACGGAGAAAUAUCUUCUCGUUACUUGAAGAAAAUAUACGACUUGCAGAAGGAAAUGAUCGUUAAACCCGUGAGAAAACUUACUAGAAAACAUGUAUUCCCGAACAACAUCGAAAAAAUGAAUGUCAAGCGUGCGCUGGAAAUUUUUUCUCCAAGCGUAACGGCGGCCUUGGAAUUUUUAAGAGGGCAGGCAGGGCGCAGCUGUGACUACUCCUUCGCUGCAGCAGGGCCAACAAUAACUUUCAUGAAGAACAUCUACCGUUGGUUCCUACUUCACGACACCAGCAACACGACACAAUACAUCCACCAAAACAAUCCCGAUGUUAGACACUAUGAUGACUCCGACGAUAGCCGCCUCGAAUGGCUGGAACUAACUUUUCCCAUGUAUCUGGAAGAAUUGAAAAACAGGUCGCCUUCCGCGCACAAUUUUCUCACGGCAGAAACCUACGAGGCGCUUCUCCUGACAAACUACUCCACGGUCGCUUGCGUUCGGCACUUGCUUGCAAAAGAAAAAUUUUGCUUUGUGCUGACAAGGAAAUUUAAUAGCGACCCCAUUGAAUCCCUUUUUGGCACGUUGAGGCGAUCCUUGGGCUCUAAUGACCAAUUGGACGUGCGCUCCGCGAUGAGUGGCCUUGAGAAACUGCUGAAAACAGGCAUCGUAGCCGUGCCUGAAUGUAGCAACAUCCUACACGAGCAAGAGCUCGUACAAAGCAAGGCGCUCCCCGCUGCAGUUCGCACACGCAAAGAACCGUCUGUUCUGCCUUCAGCUGCCAUUCACAUCCUGGAGCGCUUCAAAGUGCAAACCGUGCCAGCAAGCUUGCCGACCCUGCAAGUGACAGCAACAGUCUACAUGGGCGGAUACAUAGCACGAGUGGUAAGAGAGCACAUGGAAUGUGAUAACUGCGGUGAACUAACAAGCAAAGUUCCCAGCAGCCAGCCACUUCAACAGCUCACCAAAAAUCAGGACAGAGGCGGACUGCUAUACCCCUCAGACGAACUUCUUUACGUCCUAGAAACGCUAAGAAUGUUUACUAACAGUGCAUUGACGGAGACACCAAAUCUCCGAAGGCCCCUGGCAUCGCUACUCAAUGUAGCUGCACCAGCGCUGAUAGAUUCAGCCCUUCUGCGAUGCACGAUGGGUGACGACCAGCACCGCCAAAAAUUGGUUGAACUUGUGUGCUCCCGAUUCAUAAAGCCCCUGCUCAGCAACUACGCCUCUGCUGUGACCGACAAAAGCGAUGUAUGCAAAAACUUCGCUCGGAAACCGCUGUCGAGGAAGUAUCUGAAGUUGUAAUCAAGCGGGCACAGUGAACACAGGUGUCCGUGGUGCGAAGUGAGCAACUUCGACGAUGGACCUUGCAAUAAAGCAUUUUUUUUUGUACAAAUGGUUAAGUCAUGAUUUAUUUCUUGAUUGCUAUGACGAGCGGCGAGUUUUUAAUUAGUAUAUAACAGUGAAUAAAUAUGUUUCGAAGCUUCAGAAGUAGACGACGCACUCGCGUGGUACGUCUGUCCAAGAUCACAAUUAAAUACUAAAGAGGAUAUAUGGGAGCUCACGUACAAAAUCAACGACAUGAUCAUAAGGGAUGCAGUAUGGUGGGACUCCGUAUUAAAUGUGACCGCCUGGUCUUCUACACCAUGCACCUAAAGCUAAGUUCAUAUAUUUUUCAAAUUUCACCCCAGUUGAAAUGCACCCGUCGCGCCCGAGAACCGGAGUGCUUACGGCGCCGUUUUUAGAAAUACACAGGCUUUCUUUGCUGAUGACAUUCUGACCGAAUAAAAAAAGAAAAGAUUUCAUCUUCAUGCCAAGCAGCACUAUCACUCAUACUUUGUUUCAGUAGAGAAGCGCGACGAGCGCGUAGUUCGCAACCUUUCAAAAAGCGCGCCUUAGGCCCAUACGUAGGUGGCGCCCCCAUCACAAGUUUCGACGACGACCGCUUUAUAUUGCUAUAUUAAAACAACGCUAACAUAUAUAUGUAUUUACACAAUUUUUAUUCACUUUUACGUUUUUUUUUGUCACAUAUGAGCACCAAAAACGUAAAAAGUUCGCACGCGACAACCCUACGUAAGUGGCGCCACCGCCAUACUUCCGCCGACGACCGCUAUCCAUGGGAUCGCCAAUAAUCCGGCAGGCACAGAUUAUAUAGGAGGCUAUGGUAAG